AUAUGGGGCAUGACAAUAAAUUCAUUGUCUGAAUAUAAACAAAAGAAGGUGUCCCAUUACAUUUCCUUGUCGUUAUAAACUUUCGUUUCAGUGACGAAAACAAAAUAUCUCCGAUCCAUCUCCGAAACACAACGAAAUCUAUAAUGGCUACCACCGCCGCCGUUCAACCUCACGUUCUCGUCUUCCCGUUACCGGCACAGGGCCAUGUAAACUCCAUGCUCAAGCUAUCAGAGCUUCUAUGUAUCUCCGACAUCCACGUCACCUUCCUCGUCACCGGGCCCACCCACGGCAGCCUUCUUGCGCACUCCGACGUCGGGUCCCGGCGAUUCGGCGAGAAAUUCCUGCUGGAAAAGCUCCCGGACGGGAUCUAUCAGGAUAAUCUCCACACUCUUGAUGGGUUCAUGGAGAACCUCAACACCUUAGAGACCGUGGGGAGGCCGUUUCUUAAGGAAUAUCUUGGAGGAGGUCGCCGGAGAUGGCCGCCGGUGACGUGCGUGAUAACAGAUGGGGCGUUGGUGAGCUUAGCGGUUGAUGUGGCAGAGGAAUUCAAGUUGCCCACCAUUGUUUGCCAGACAAUCAGCGUUGCUGCUUUUUGGUGUUUUGUCUGCACCCCAGAUCUCAUCCAAUCCGGCGAGCUUCCGAUCAAAGGAAACGAAAUGGAUUUGGCAACGAGGGUAAAGGGCAUGGAACAUUUUAUCAGGCUGGGCGACCUGCCGAGCUUUUGCCAAGUCCAGAAUUUGGAAACCCCAAUUUUCAAAGCUUUGGUGAAAGAGAAACUGCAAACAGCUCGAGCAAGAGGAGUAAUCUUCAACGCAUUUGAAGAACUCGAUGAACCCAUACUCGCCCAGGUACGAACUAUGUGUCCAAACACAUACCCAAUCGGACCGGUUCACGCGCAUUUGAAGGCCAGACUGGGCACAAACCCGCCGUCUUCAAACAGUUUACGGGAAGAAGAUAGAAGCUGCCUGAGCUGGCUGGAAAACCAGCCGGAAAAAUCAGUGAUUUACGUAAGUUUUGGGAGCUUAGCAGUGGUGACAAGAGAGCAAUUACUCGAGAUUUGCCACGGGUUAGUGAACAGCGGGCAGAGAUUCUUGUGGGUUCUCCGGCCGGACCUUGUCGCCGGAGAAAAUGGCGGAAAUUGGGCUCCGGCGGAGCUUGAGGAGGGCGUAAAAGCUAGAGGGUACAUUGUCAGAUGGGCUCCGCAAGAGGCGGUGUUGGAACAUCGUUCUGUCGGAGGAUUUUUUACUCAUUCUGGGUGGAAUUCAACGCUGGAAAGUAUAGUCGCCGGCGUGCCGAUGAUAUGCCGGCCGUGCUUAGGCGAUCAGAAUACGAACAGCCGGAUGGUGGAGGCGGUGUGGAAGAUUGGAUUGGAUAUGAAAGGUGGGUGGGAUAGAGUCACGGUGGAGAAUAUGGUUAGAGAUGUUAUGGAGAAGAGAAAAGAUGAGUUCUUGAAGAGAUCAGAGGAGAUUGCUAAAUUGGCCGGAAAAGCUGUCGGAGAAGGUGGAUCGUCGUGUUCUAAUCUCCGACGUCUGGUUGACGAUAUCCGGUCAAUGGCGGUUUCUCCGAUGAAGACUGAUCUUCUCCCGCAAAUGGAUGUGUGUUAGCAUUGUUUUUUUAUGAAGCGAAGAACUCAUAUUCACUAGAGGAUGUGGACUCAAUAAAUUUAUUUUUAUGCAUGUAAUAGUGGAUAAACCAUGCAUAAGAAAUAAAAGUUUAAACUUUAAUAUAGAUUUUUCUUUUGAGUAUUAUUGACUCUAAUGGGUUAUGGACUUGUAUGCUCAAAAGGUUGAAGUUGGUAGGCGGCUCAACGAAGAAGAUGAAUGAAGGAGUCGGACAGAGUAUAGUGAAGGGUAAACAACCAAGUCAGCCAAAAGGAUAGUGAUGGCUUGAUUGAAGGAGUCAAAACAACCAUAUCAAGACUGUAUAAGAGGCAUUCUUAUUUUCGUGUCCGAGUGAGAAGGUUAGCCAAUCCGCCUGAAGAAGUUGAGCGACUAUGUCAGUCAGACAUAUAGGGCAAGCAGUCUAUUUAAUAUGACUAGUUUGAUAGAAGAGUAGAGCGAAUGAGUUAACCAGUCAUGAAGAAGUUAAGAAUGACCGGCCAAGUACAGGAUGGAGUUGCCUAGAGAGGACAGUGAGAAGAGUAAUCCAAGCACCCGGCAUGAGGGGAGUAAUGAGGGUAUUCAAUGCGAAGUUAAUGACAAUAACAAGUUCAACCAUUGUGGAAUACGGUUCGACGCGGUGAGGGGAAAUCGGCAUGAACAUAACCCUAAUGAUUGAGGCAUUUAGAGCAUUUAUAGCAUUUGAUGAUAGACUAGCCGUUUACUCUUUCUGAACAUGUAUAAAAGGCCUGAACACUUUGAAUAUACACGAAAGUUGAGAGUGAA